UGAGACGAGACCAGGAAGCGCUUUGGGCAGACGUUCUCCAGGGAUAGAUCCUGAAAAAAGCGCGUCCGGCUGUCACGGCUCUUCCACGUUUGACACACUCUGCUCAGCGCGUCCGGCGCCGUCUCCCAUCAAACCCUUCUCCUAUGGGAGGACUUUACACAGAGCGAGGUUGAAGGCCAAAUCCCCCAGCUGGGUGGGAGUUUGACCUUCUGCGAACCUGAAUAGGAUCCCCCGCUGCUCAGUGCACACCUGAUCCACUUCUCCAGAGAGCCAACUAGCGAGGGAGGCAGAGAGAGAGACAGACAGCUAGAGGUAAAAGGCUGGUGACACUGGAUUGGUAGCCAGAGGGACUUGAGAUAAAUAAGCACUCGACGUUCGGCGCAGCGAGGAGACGCUGCUGCCGCUGCACAGACGCAUCAAGAAAUUGGAGGCGAUAAUAGAGGAAUCAGAGGAUUCGAAGGAGAGAGUCGAAGGAGAGGGAAGCAGCAACAUGGCCCCUGAAGGAUCAUCACACUCCCGUGAUUGCCUGUUCACGCUCCUGCUGUGUCUGACUUUAAUGGCUGAGGUUUUUGAGUUUAGCGUCGCCGCGGCGCAGGGCCUGGGAGAGCUGGACGCAGGAGACCCCUACUGCCCCUCCGUGUGUCGGUGCGAUGAGGACUUCAUCUACUGCAAUGACCGCGGCCUGAGCGGCAUCCCACCGCUGCCGCCGUCCGCCACCGUCCUCUACCUGCAGAACAACCACAUCGACAACGCCGGCUUGCCCACGUCGCUCGAGCACCUCACCACGGUCCGGGUCAUCUACCUCUAUGACAACGAGCUGGACGACUUCCCCAUGCACCUGCCGCCGUCGCUGCGCGAGCUCCACCUGCAGGACAACAACAUCCGCGUGCUGCCCCGAGCCGCGCUCGCCCGUCUGCCCCUGCUCGAGAAGCUGCACCUGGACGACAACUCGGUCUCCACGGUCAGCAUCGAGGACCAGGCGUUCGUGGACAACCCGCGGCUGCGUCUGCUCUUCCUCUCGCGCAACCACCUGUCCAGCAUCCCGUCGGGGCUGCCCGCCUCACUGGAGGAGCUGCGCCUGGACGACAACCGCAUCUCGACCAUCCCCACGCACGCCUUCCGCGGCCUCUCGUCGCUGCGGCGCCUGGUGCUGGACGGCAACCUGCUGGCCAACCAGCGCAUCGCCGACGACACGUUCGCGCGGCUCUCCAACCUGACGGAGCUGUCGCUGGUGCGCAACUCGCUGCAGCGGCCGCCGCUCAACCUGCCCACCGCCCACCUGCAGCGGCUCUCGCUGCAGGACAACGCCAUCACCCACAUGCCCCGGGGCUCGCUGGACGGCAUGCGGCGGCUGCAGAGGCUGGACCUCUCGGGGAACAACCUCACCACGCUGCCGCGGGGCCUGUUCCGCGACCUGGAUGGCCUGGCGCAGCUGCUGGUGCGCAGCAACCCGUGGUACUGCACGUGCAACCUGCGCUGGCUCCACGACUGGCUGCACGCCCGCGGCAACACCAUCACGGUCAGGGGCCUGACCUGCCAGGGGCCCGAGAGGGUGCGGGACCUGGCCCUGAGGGACCUCACCGGCCAGAUGGAGGAGUGCGAGGCCACAGCCCCCGCCGCCGGGGCUGCUGGGAGCCGGGAAAGGGCAGCGGUGGGGGGGGCGGGCGGCGGUGGCGGCGGUGUGGCGGCCAGCUCGACCACUCUCUCUCCACUCCAGGGCUCGCUGUUCACGCUGCGCUCGCGCCGGCCCAGCCUGGGCUUCCCGGACGCCGGGCUGGACUACAAGCUGAGCAGCAGCGCCGUGGGCAAGAACCUGGCGCUCAACGUCAAGGCGCUCUCGCACGACAGCAUCCGCGUGACCUGGAGCGUGGCGCAGCACUCGUCCUCCUUCCGCCUCAGCUGGCUCCGGCAGGGCACCAGCGCCGCCAUGGGCUCCAUCACCGAGACGCUGGUGCAGUCGGACCGCCGCGAGUACCUGCUGACCGCCCUGCAGCCGCGCUCCAGCUACGUCAUCUGCAUCGUGCCGCUGGCCGCCGCUGGCAGCCCAGGAGUGGGCAAAGGCGCGGUGGCGGGCGAGGACGCCGACGUAGACAACGAGCCAGUGUGUGCCAAGACUGAGACAGCUGACCCCAGCCAGGACGCCGGACAGGACGGGGAAGGUAAGGGGUCGGAGCACCUGACCACCUUGCCCCUCGCGGGCAUCAUCGGUGGGGCAACGGCUCUGGUCUCCCUGGCGCUCAUCCUGGCUAUAUUCUGUUGGUACACCCACCGAGCCGGCUGCCUCUCCUCCCGAGACCACUACACCCGCAACAACUCGCGCAAGAGCAAGAGCAAGACCUACGAUGACUACAUCGAGUCCGGCACGAAGAAGGACACCACCAUCCUCGAGAUACGUGGCCCCGGCUUCCAGAUGACCCCCAUGGCCACCAGACAGCCCCUGCAGCCCAAACCCCUUCGUGAAGACUACAUCAUUCACACCAUCUUCCCUCCAAACGGCACAGGACUAUACAAACCCCCCCACCAAAUGACUAACACCACUGGCUACGGCACGAACCGUGGCUACAGAGAAGGCGGCAUCCCAGAUUUAGACUACUCCUACACGUGAUGGGGCUCACCACGCAGUAAGAAAUGUCCUGUACUGUAUAGAUGCACAGUUUUUAUUCUAUCAGCAUGGGUUGUGAAGCACCCCUUUGUGCCUUCUGGUUUCCAUUCCAACUUCGCCCCGCUGUUUACGGCACGGAAACUUUUAAUUGGCUCCUGUGCCCUGGGGGGCGUCCCCUCCCUCUGUGCGCAAAAGGCUGCGGUGGUGAACGGUCGACAACCAACUGCUAGUUUCGCACUCCGGUAAUGAUCGGUGUUAUUACACUGUUUCCCCUGCGUGCGCACUCUCGAUGGGAGAGGUGACUGCCAAAGUAGCCUUGCACAGAAGAAGCUAACAUCGUAAAAAAGACUUUGCACACGGACCAGUGUUGCUUUCUUUCUUUGCUCACACAGGCUAUUCAGGUCGACAACACACACACACACACACACACACAAACACACACACACACACACACACACACACACACACACGCACACACACAAAAAGAAGCAGCCACCCAAGAAUCUAAACCUGCGAACUGCAAAGGCGCAAGAGGUUAGCUGUCCAAGCAGUUGCCAUGCAGUAAAAGGCUACAGCAGUCAUCGGGAAAGAACACAGAAAAGGACACUACAUCCUGUGGGUUCUCUCUUUCUCUCUCUCUCCGGCUCUGCUUCAGCGCACAGAGGAAACUGAUUGCUGCAGUAAGGCAUUUUUUAUGAUGAAAGGACUGGUGGUGGGAUAUUUAUGGAUCAGCUGACAUUUGGCUCCAAAGGGAGAAGCCUAAUCUACUUGCUGUAGAUGAUUGUUGCACCGUGAAAGGAGACUUGAUUUGUGCUGUAUCUCCCCCCCCCCCCCCACACCCCAAAAUGCAGAUUCA